AUGGUGCAAGAUGGUGCAAGUGUUACAGCAGUAACGACACAUGGAGUGACGGCACUACAUCUAGCUUGUGACAAUGGUCAUGGAUCUGUAGCCGCACUUCUGAUCAAGAAUGGUGCAAGUAUUACAGCUGUAAAUAAGAAAAGACGGACGGUAAUACAUCGAGCUUGUCAGAAUGGACAUGAAUCUUUAGCCGCACUUCUGAUCAAGAAUGGUGCAAGUGUUACAGCAGAACACAAGGACGGAUGGACGGCAUUACACUUAGCUUUUCUGAUCAAGAAUGGUGCAAGUAUUACAGCUGUAAAUAAGAACAGACGGACGGCAUUACAUCUGGCUUGUCAGAAUGGACAUGAAUCUUUAGCCGCACUUCUGAUCAAGAAUGGUGCAAGCAUUACAGCUGUAAAUAAGAACAGACGGACGGCAUUACAUCUAGCUUGUCAGAAUGGACAUGAAUCUGUAGCCGCACUUCUGAUCAAGAAUGGUGCAAGUGUUACAGCUGAGGACAAGGACGGAUAGACGGCAUUACAUCUAGCUCUUCAGAAUGGACAUGAAUCUGUAGCCGCACUUCUGAUCAAGGAUGGUGCAAAUAUUACAGCAGUAACGACACAUGGAGUGACGACACUACAUCUAGCUUGUCAGAAUGGACAUGAAUCUGUAGCCGCACUUGUGAUCAAGAAUGGUGCAAGCAUUACAGCUGAGGACAAGGACGGAUAGACGGCAUUACAUCUAGGUUGUGAGAAUGGACAUGAAUCUGUAGCCG